AUGCUGCAGAGAUCGGCCAGUAUCCGCACUGGGCUGGAGGAUCAAGAAGAGGGCGAUCUAAGUCGGUACUUCAAUUCAGCCAUGAAGAAGUACGAGGCGGAUCAACGUACAGCUCAGCGAAUGAAUCGACAGCCAAACCGCUACCCAGAUCGACGUACUUUGCUCCAACCUUCACACGAAAGCCUUGACAUGCCGGAUGUGGAGAUGGAGUCGGUGGGGUCGGACAUUUACCAACGUAUCCAUGAGGCGGCGGAAUACGACCUGGAUGAUCUAUGGAUGCCCGAACCACGGCGCCCUCAUGUAGCCGCGAUCGGUGCGACUACUGGAGGGGGAAUCAUCGCGCAGAGGAUCAGAAUCUCAGCGAUUUCUGAGCUAAAAGAAUUCUCAGGGAAGGAUCGGGAAGAAGACAAAGCACGAAACUGGAUCGGCAAAGUGAAAUCAGCGUUUAUCCGGGACCAAGCACCGGACGAGGAGAGAUGUCUGGUCUUCGGUGAUCUCAUGGUGGGCCCAGCCCGCUACUGGUACCGACAGCUGAGUAGAUCGAUGAGAUUCAAUUGGAAAGAAUUGAUGAACAGUUUUCUUGUGGAGUAUGCGGGACACGGGAUGUCCGCUGGCAGGCAGUACUACCAUGCAAAGAAACGAUCGGAGGAAGAUCCUUUACAGUACCUGUAUCGGCUUAAUGUGAUGGGAAUGCAGGCGAAGAUACCGGUGAUGACUGGAUUGCCAGCUGCGCGCAAGGAACAUGUCAAUCAUUUCAUUGACACCUUGGACGACCCCGAUCUGUCCAAUCAAUUGCUACUGCUGAAUGUAGAAGACGCGGAGGCCAUGCAAAAGACACUGCACGGAUAUCAACAAGGGAGAUCGCGUCAAGGGAAAGUGAUGAUGGGAUCGUCCAAAUUCAGGCAGAAGGGAACUCAGGGUCCAGCGCUGUAUAAGCCUGCACGAGCGGUAAGGAUGGUCCGUACCGAGGAUGUCUGCAGCGAGUCAGGAUCGGACACCUGCGGAUCGGAUUUGGAAGAUCGAUUGAGAUCGAUCCAUGUGGCUGCUACUGCGGAUCGCCGUUCAUCCCCCAAUGACGUUGCAGCAAACGCGAGAUCGGUCGACCCGAACACUCGUCAAGACUAUCAAGAUCGAAAUAUGCCAUUGAAGCCGUGUACUCAUUGUGGAUCGACCAAGCAUGGAGAUCUCGGUUGCUGGAAGCGGCUCACUUGCCAGAAGUGUGGGCGUAAAGGACACCCCUCUGACAGUUGUUUUUUCGUGUGUCGUGCUUGCGGUGAGAUGCACGACCCGGGGAAGUGUCCCAUGGAGGAGUUCUACAACAUGAUCCGUCAGUGGUACGUCCCGAAUAAGCAUGCGGGGAUGCUACCAGAGAAGGCCGAGAAGAUGUUAAACUAG